UCAGGGACCGCGCUCCCGGGACAGGCCACACUGAGGAUGGAGAGGAGGGCUCGGAGCUCCUCCAGGGAGGCCCCCGGGAGAGGCGGCGGGUCCGCGCACAAGGAGAACAAGAGGGCGAAGGCCGAGAGGGGCGGCGGAGGCCGCGGGCACCGGGAUGCCGGGCGCGAGCGGCCAGGCGUAGGGCGGGCGGGGAGCCCGGAGGAACCCCCAGCGCCGGCAGCCACCGUGGUGGACGUGGAUGAGGUCCGAGGCUCCGGCGAGGAGGGCACAGAGGUGGCGGUGCUGUUGGAGAGCGAGCGGCCGGAGGAAGGUACCAAGUCUUCUGGUUUAGGGGCCUGUGAGUGGCUUCUUGUCCUCAUAUCCCUGCUCUUCAUCAUCGUGACCUUCCCUUUUUCUGUCUGGUUCUGCAUAAAGGUUGUACAGGAGUAUGAGAGAGUAAUUAUAUUCCGACUGGGACAUCUGCUUCCUGGAAGAGCCAAAGGCCCUGGUCUUUUCUUCUUUUUGCCCUGCCUGGACACCUACCACAAGGUUGACCUUCGUCUCCAAACCUUGGAGAUACCUUUUCAUGAGGUUGUGACCAAAGACAUGUUUAUAAUGGAGAUAGAUGCCGUCUGCUACUACCGAAUGGAAAAUGCCUCUCUUCUCCUAAGGAGUCUUGCUCACGUGUCCAAAGCUGUCCAAUUCCUUGUGCAAACCACCAUGAAGCGUCUCCUGGCACAUCGAUCCCUCACUGAAAUUCUUCUGGAGAGGAAAAGCAUUGCCCAAGAUGUAAAGGUCGCCCUGGAUUCAGUGACCUGUAUUUGGGGAAUCAAAGUGGAGAGAACAGAAAUUAAGGAUGUGCGGCUGCCAGCCGGGCUUCAGCACUCGCUGGCUGUGGAAGCCGAAGCGCAGAGACAGGCCAAAGUGCGGAUGAUUGCUGCAGAAGGGGAGAAGGCUGCCUCGGAAUCCCUGAGGAUGGCAGCUGAGAUUCUAUCAGGCACUCCAGCCGCUGUUCAGCUUCGAUACCUCCACACCCUUCAAUCCUUGUCCACAGAGAAACCUUCCACGGUGGUUUUACCUUUGCCAUUUGACUUGCUAAAUUUCCUGUCUUCUCCCAGCAACAGAACCCAAGGAAGCAUCCCUUUCCCAAAUCCUUCCAAACCUGUUGAGCCACUGAAUCCUAAAAAGAAAGACUCUCCCAUGUUAUAGGAGGAGCCAGGGAUAAUGUGACUGUAAAGGGGCCUGCCACCUAACAGCCACAUCCCUGAGUGAGGCCCUCCGACCUCCCUUCCUGCCCUCUCUUUGGUUGCCAUAUGGAAUGCCCUUGGAAUGCACGCAGUCACAAUGCGGCAACAUACGUGAGAAGACUGAAGAUGACGUAAUGACAGAGAGGCCAUGUAACAAGUUUAGGUGGAUCAUCUAAUCAGAGUAAUUGCAGGAAAGAGCUUUAGCUAACAUUCUACUUCGGAAAGAAUUUUGAGUCUAUAUGUGGCUAAAUUUUGACUUCUGAAAACAUAGUUCAAAUGUCCUUUUGCUGUAUGUCCUCUGGCCCCUUUGGCAAGGUUUUUUGCUGCUCCCAUGGCCCUUUCUAUAUGCCCCAUCAUUGUGCUUAUCACACUCUGUUGAAAUCCUGGACUUAAGAUGCAGGCUUCUCUCCAACAGUGCUAUGAACUCCUCAAAGGCACGUCUUAGUCAUUCUCCCCCAACCACACUCAACCUUGUACACUCCACCCCACAUUCCUCGCACCUAACCCUGAUAGUUGCACCACAGUGACACUUAAAUGUUCCUGAGUGAAUGAAAGAAAAAGAGAUGUACUUGGGCUGGAUAUAAAAUUUACACUUAAUUAAAGAAUUUAAAAGG